AGUCGGUCAACGGAGCUGUGCAGCUGGGCCUCGAUUACCUCCGCAUGGGCGCUGACCAGGCCUCUGACCACGGGGUCCAGACCCUCAAGGCCUCGGUCACGGGAUUACGCCUGGAGGAGGUCAUGGUCGGUGACUCUGGCGCAAAGCUGUGGUGCGACGUCUCCACGGGCCAGCCUCGACCGCUGGUCCCUGCGGCCUGGCGCCGACCCGUUUUUGAGGCGGUUCACAAUCUUUCCCACCCCGGUAGGAAGCCGUCCGUGAAGUUGUUCUCACAGAAGAUCGUGUGGCAGGGGCUUAAGAAGGACGUGAAGUCCUGGGUCAACUCGUGCGUGGCCUGUCAACGGGCCAAAGUCCACCGCCAUACUAGGGCCCCUUUUGAACUUUUUGCGGUUCCUGAGUGGAGGUUUGACCAUGUCAAUGUCGACCUUGUAGGUCCACUUCCCCCCUCUCACGGUUUCACCUACCUGUUUACGAUGGUGGACAGGACGACCCGCUGGCCCGAUUCCGUUCCCCUCGCCUCGACGUCAGCUUCCGACGUCGCCCGCGCUUUCAUCGGCACGUGGGUGGCGCGCUUUGGGACCCCGUCUGACCUCUCCUCUGACCGUGGUUCUCAGUUCAACUCGGAGCUGUGGAACGCUGUUGCUGUGGGUUUGGGGGUCAAACUGCACCGCACCACCGCAUAUCACCCCCAGGCUAACGGAUUGUGUGAGCGGUUUCACCGGUUCAUGAAGGCGUCACUGCGUGCCGGCUUGACCGACGGCAACUGGGUGGAUAAACUCUCGUUGGUUAUGCUCGGCCUCAGGUGUGCCCCCAAAGAAGACCUGCAGUCCUCGUCGGCAGAGCUUGUCUAUGGCCAGACGCUACGGGUCCCCGGGGAAUUCAUUCCCACCGCCACUGUGCCCUGGUCUGCGGCCGGGCAGCGCUCCUCCCUGCUGGAGACCGCCGGGACAUUCGCGCCCGUCCCCACGUCGCAGCACAGCAACCCAGCUUUCCGGGUGUCCCCCGGAUUACGGUCGACAGAUUUCGUUUUUAUUCGCCACGACGCCCACUGCGGUCCCUUGCGGCCCUCUUACGACGGUCCGUUCAGGGUCAUACGUCACGGGGACAAGAGCCUGGUGGUGGACAUUGGUGGCAGGCCUGAGACUGUGUCCGUUGAUCGGAUUAAGCCUACUCACGUGGACGUUUCCGGGCCGUUGGAGUUGGCUCUGCCCCCACGUCGGGGCCGCCGUCCCAUGGCCCGCCCCCCGCCCCCUGUGGGGAUGCCCUCGCCCUCGUUGGCGCCCCUGCCCUCGCCUGCAUAA